GUGGCAAAAUGUGUGUGCUGAUCACUUUGCUCGCCGCCGCCGCCGGUUCGACGGCUCGCUGCGAGCCCACGGCGUGCGGGCAGGCGCCCGCGGCCUCUGCCUCCUGCCCUCUCGCCGCCUCGUCGGCCACCUCUGACGUCGGGCCACAGCCGACGGUUCAGCCGUCGAAUCUGUACUUUUUCAACGCGGCGGGCGUGCCCGUGACGAUCUCGUACGUGGCUAAGGACGGCUCCGAGACAACCAGAGCGCGCCUGGCGCCCGGACUCCGCCGACUCCUGCCCUCCCUCUCUGGGGAGGUCUGGCGCGUGCGCGCCCUGCGGCCAGGACACCCCCUCGACCAGCAGCUGCUCCUCGAGCACCGGGUCGGCAUCGUCCAGAUCAAGGACUGCGACUGCCCGCAGCCCGAGUUUGUCGACUGCCAGAAGCCGCCCUUCCGCCGCCCGCCCGGCACGCCCAACGACCCCGUGGCCUUUGAGAACCACGCCGGCGCCCCCCUCGACCUCUUUUACUGGAAUGGCACGUGUGAAGAGAUGAUCUCUUGGGACGCGGUGGGCGGUGUGCAGCCGGCGCAGCGCAAGCCCAUCCAGUCGACGCACGGGCACACCUUCCGCGCCCGCUCCGCCGCCUCGCGCCAUCUCCUCAUGCAGCACACCCUCGCCGACCUCGUCAUCCGGCCAUGCGACGACGAGACGCGCCGCGCCGCCGUCCGCGCCGCCUCGCCGCGCGCCAUCGCGCUGCGGCGGGCGACGGCCGACCUUGAGCAGGAGCAGGAGGAGCUGCGCGCGCAGCUCGAGGCCGCCCUCGCCGCCCUCGCCGCGCGCCUCGCCGCGGCAGGAGGAGCUCCGGCGGCGGCGAACGCGACGACGACGCUGCCGCUGCACAGCGGCGCGCUCGGCAGCGGCCUCGGCCUCGGCGCCGCGACAAAGGCGCGGUGGGCGAUCGGCGCCACCGGGGCGUCCUUGCUCUCAUGACGAGUCGGUGUGAAGGUUGUGCCGUGUGUGGACCACCGCGUCCGGACGAGUCGAGAGUUGCACGACGUGAUGGUCGAAUGUGUUGUGAGAUGUGAGACCGGGGGCCGCCGGGUCAGCUUCGUCGCACACCGAGCCGCUGCACUCUCCCGUCGCCCGUAUGUUUUGGUGUUGAUUACUGGUAUACUAGAAGACCUCAGACUC